AUGGCGACCUUAAACCUAUCGUUUGUGAUAUGGUGCGAUGGUCGUAUGGUAAGCUCUCCGGCUGGAGUAGAAUACCAGGGCGGCCGUCGGGCGGAUAUGCCAAUUAUUGAUAGGAUGAAUUUUGAAGAAUUGAGAAAUAUUUGUAUAAGGGCAGUAGCUACGGACUCGGAAGUGGAGAUUACAAAAAUCUACUUUCGGCUUCCAAAAAUUGAAAGUGGUCGUAUUGUCUCCUACUCGUUGUACUCACGUGAUCUGGCGGAGAUGGUACACGUUCGGAGAUCUAGCCGUGACUCCAUAAUUGGGUCCGCUGCACGCAGUUCACAAAUGGCGUACAUGGAGGAUCGUCGGGAUGUCACUCUUCCACCGCCUGAGCCAGCAGUCCCGGCAUUUGUACUGCCUCCUCUCCCUCCUUUGACGGUUGACUUGGAUUCCAUUCACGGUCGUCGUAGACAACGGCCUACACCACGCCAGCCUCGCCAGCGGCCAGAUCAGCCUAUACCGCCCCCUGUGUACUAUCAUUACGAUGCAGGAGAGAGCUCGCAGACACGACAGAACUAUUGCGGGCCUACUCAGUUUCAGGGUGACGGUUCACAGUUUCAGCAGCACUCGCAGGUCCCUCCGAUCUCAUCGUUUCCGGUACCACCGUCAUCCGGGCCGUUCUUUUACUCCUCUGAACAGACGCCGUAUACCACUCAUCUGACAGAGCCGGCUCAGUAUCGACAGGCUACACCACCCCCAUUUCAGGCACCUCAGCAUGGUCAACCUUCUACCCCCUCUGAUCAGGGUUACCGGCCCGUGUUUUCUUGGCUCGAUCAACCGUCAGCUUCACAUUCGCGUCCCUCCCCUUCCACCCCGGUCGCGGAUCCGUCGCAGAUGUUUUUUUCGAUAUCAGAGGCUUGGUUGAACAGUCCAGGUCUCGGGGAGGGGGGCUCUUUCGAGGCGUUACAGUCCGGUAGUAUUCAGUUUUCGGGUCCGUCCUUCAGCCUCCUUCCGCAGUCACAGGAGGCACCGACUACUGCACCGGCUGCAGAUGAUCAGGAGCUAUCCCUAGACGAUGAUCACGAGAGCGAGGGCGCGCCAGGUGACAGGCCGGGUGAUAGACAGUAUCGCGAUCUUACUGAGAGCAGUCUGCGCCGCAGGCAAGAUAUGGGGUACGAUAUGAGGACUCAACUGGAGAAAAACACUAGAUAUCGAGAUUAUUUAUGA